CGGUUCUGCAGUCGCUGCUUCUGCAAAGUGCCGGGAUUGCUCCCGUGGGGGUUACAGACAACAGCUGGCUCCCCGCCGGAUCUUACCCCGCACGGGCCUGUCUCCAGCGCCAGCCCGCCGCCCGCCCCUCGCCGCAGGGGGGCCGAGCGAGGGCGCGUGACGCAGGAGUGGGCUGGGUCCCCCGCGCACGCCCUCGGUGGGGCCCAUUAGCCGCGCCGCGCAGCGCAGGCUCCUCCGCGUCCCCUCCGACCUGCCGGCUCUCGGAGCCGGGGAGCCAGCGAGCGGGCAUCCUCCGCCGCCGCCGCUUGCCGCGGGUUUCGGCUUCGCUCCCUUCCAGCGCUGCGCGCCGCCCGGCUGCGCCGAGAGGAUGGGCACCGGGGAGUUCAUCUGCGUUUCCAUGACCGGAGGGGCGCCCUGGGGCUUCAGACUGCAAGGCGGCGCGGAGCAGAAGCAGCCCCUGCGGGUGGCCAAGAUCCGAAGCCAGAGCAAAGCGUCGGGGUCCGGGCUGCGCGAGGGCGAUGAAGUGGUCUCCAUCAACGGCUGCCCCUGCGCGGGCCUGUCCCACCCCCAGGUCGUGGAGCUCAUGGAGAGCGUCGCGGACUCGCUGCACCUGCUCGUCAAACGAGCUUCCGGCGGGAUCAACGAGACUCUGGCCCCUGAAACGGAACCCGGGACCCAGCAGCAGCCCCCCCAGGGUGGGCACGUGGGAAGCAGCACCCUGCAGAUCCAGCCGGCCCUGCCGAGCCGGGACGGGGAUCCCUGCGUGGUCCACGUGGAGAGUGGAGCCCCCCUCGAGGAGGACCCGGGCCGAGGCCCCGCUCUCCCUGGGAGCAGCAAGGAGGAGACCGGCCUGAGCCGCCCUGAGAGCCCGCGCACGCCCACCGCCCUGAGGGGGCUCUCCACGGAGGGGCCGGCCCGGCCAGGCACCGUGGUGGAGCUGCAGCUGUGCCUGUCACGGGUGGUGCCCUCGGGCGCGGGCCCCCCUGUGGCGGCUCUCCUGGGCGCUGAGACAUCUCCGGGUCCUGACCCACACCCCGACUCAGACUGCAGCGGGGUGGCCCUCGGAAACCCAGCCCCCUCCCGCCAGCAGGCGGCCCCCCCUCUGAGGUCCAGCAAGGUCGUCCAGCUCCGCGGCGGCCGGGAGCUGCGCGUGGCCCGGGCGGGGGAGGCGGGGGGCGCGGGGCCGCCCCGGGUGGAAGUGAUCUUCGACUGCGCUGACAGGCAGCGGAGGGAAGGGUGCGGGCUGCCGGCCGCAGCGGGGGGUGUGGACUCCCCGGGGGGAGGAGGGCGGCCGGAGGCACCUCCUCCUCUGGCAGCCUUCGCCGCCUCGUCAGAAGGCACGGAGCCGGGGGACGAGCCGCGCAGCGGCCGGGACCACAGCAGACCUCACAAGCACAGAGCGCGCCACGCACGGCUCCGGAGGAGCGAGAGCCUCUCGGAGAAGCAGGCGAAGGAGGCCAAGUCCCGAUGCCGGAGCAUCGCGCUGCUGCUCACGGCCCCGCCCAGCCCCCACGCCAGGGGCGUGCUGAUGUUUAAGAAGCUGCGGCAGCGGGCCAGGAAGUUCACGCUCGUCAGCUACGGGACCGGGGAGCUCCAGCAGCGGCAGGCGGCGGCGGGGGACCCGGAGGAGGACGGGCACAGCGACAGCCCCUUCGAGGAGGCUCUGCUGGGCGCCAGCGAGUCGGACGGGGACGAGGAGGAGGAGCUGCCCUCGGACGGCGACAGCAGCGCCCACGUGCUGACGUUCGGCUGGGACCCCGCACCCGGGGGCGCGGAGGAGAGACCCACCCGCGAGGCCAGGAUGGAGAUGCUGCCGGACACCUCGGGCAAGGGGGCCCUCAUGUUCGCCAAGAGGAGGGAGCGGAUGGACCAGAUCGCGGCCCAGAGGGAGGACGCGGCGGGCGCGGCGGGGGCGCAGGCGGACGGCCCGAGCGCCGGGACGUCCUACCGCCGCGCGGAGGAGGCCGCGGUGACCCGGCAGAGCUGCGUGAGCCGGAGCUACAUCGAGGUGAGCCCCGGCCCCGGCCACGCCGCGCCCCAGCACAACGGCCUCGGGGCGGCGCCCUACGCCGAGGAGGCCCUGAGGACGGCCCCCACGAACAGGACGGCCAGGCCCUUCCCGGGGCCCGCCGCCGCCUUCCCCCCGCCCCGCGGCUGGACGAGCCCCACGGCCGACUUCCCGGCACCCCCGCCCUACUCGGCGGUCACGCCGCCCCCGGGGGCCCUGGCCCACCCGGCGGGCAGCCCCACGGCGGGCCCCGUGCAGCCCCCGCCCUGGCCGCAGCCCGCGCCCUGGGCCCCCGAGUGCAUCAUCGCCUCCCGCGACGAGAGGAUCGCCGUGCCGGCCAAGAGGACCGGCAUCCUGCAGGAGGCCAAGCGCAGGGGCGCCGCCAAGCCCAUGUUCACCUUCAAGGAGCCCAAGGUCAGCCCCAACCCCGAGCUGCUGUCGCUGCUGCAGAACUCCGAGGGCAGGCGCGGCCCCGGGGGGGCGGGCGGCGACUCGGGCCCGGAAGAGGACUACCUCAGCCUGGGCGCGGAGGCCUGCAACUUCAUGCAGGGCCCCUCGGCCAAGCAGAAGACACCCCCGCCGGUGGCCCCGAAGCCCGCAGCCAAGCCCUCCUCCCCCUCCUCCCAGCCGGGGACGCCAGCGACUCCGGUAUCUCCCGUCUGGUCGCCAGGCUUGGCUCCCGCCCACCCUCCGGCCUUCCCCGCGGCCACCCAGCCGCAGGGCGCCGUUGCAUCAUCGGUCAAAAUAGCCCCGCCGUCCUACCCUCCUGCCCGGCCCGCCAGUGCCCUCAGCCCGGCCGGCCCCUUCAGGGGACCCCCGGCCGCAGUGGCCAGCGUGAACUACACCGCCAGCACAGCCAAGCCAGCGGCCCCCGAGCCCGCGGCCGCCGUGGGGCCGCCCGGCGAGCUCCCCGGGAUGCAGGGCAGAGGGGCCCAGCUCUUCGCCAAGAGGCAGUCCAGGAUGGAGAAGUACGUGGUGGACUCGGACACCGUGCAGGCCCACGCCGCCCGCGCCCAGUCCCCGACCCCGUCCCUCCCGGCCGGCUGGAAGUACUCCUCCAACAUCCGAGCCCCGCCGCCGGUGGGCUACAACCCCAUCCACUCGCCCUCCUACCCGCCGGCCGCCGCCGCCAGGUCCCAGCCGCCGGCCCCGCAGGCCCCCAGGCCCGGCAGGAAGAAGGGCAAGAAGCCCCUCAACGCGCUGGAUGUCAUGAAGCACCAACCGUACCAGCUCAGCGCCUCCCUGUUCACUUUCCAGCCUCCCGAUGCCAAGGCUGGCCUCCCCCAGAGGUCACCCGCCAAGGUCAACUCGGUGCCCCCCGCGAGGCAGGCGCCCCCGUCCCCGGCGGCGAGUGCCAGCUCGCCCGCCCACAGGAAGGCCGCGUCCGUGUGCUCCCUGCCAGCCCGCGGCCCCCAGCCCGCCUUCUUCCCGGAGGCCGCCUCCCCGGUCAGCGCGUCCCCAGUGCCGGGGGGCGCCCCCAGCUCCCCAAAGCAAGAGCCGGCCUCCACGGCGGCGGCGUGUCUGGCGCCGAGGCCCAAGUUCUCGGCCAAGAAGAGCGGCGUGGCGGUGCAGGAGAGUGGGCACUCCCUGUCUCUUCCCGGACGACCGGCCCCGCCCGCCGUGUCCGCAGCGCCCCCUUGGGCCCACCGGCCUGCCUGCAGCCGCCCUCCCCAGCCCGGCGGGGGGCUCGCCGGAGCAAGCGAGGGGCUGCUGGCUCCUUGGGAAGCAGCGUUCCAGGCUCCCCUUGGCCUCACCGACGAUGCCUUCAACCCCAGAACCGUCCGGGAGUCCAUCGCGGAGAACGUGGUCUCGGCGGCGCGGAGGAAGGGGCUCCCGGGGCCCCCGGAGGACUGGACCGACCAGCUGCCCUGCGUCCCUGGAGCCCCGAGGGCCGGCCCGGGCUCGCUGGGAAGGCGGGGCUGCGACGCCGCACCCCCACCCGGCAGCCACGUGCCCCCCGGCCCCCAGUGGUCCUAUGGGUGCUCCAGGCAGCUCUCCAGAACCGAGUCCGAGACGCUGUCCCUGGAGACCAGGUCCGAUUACGGUCUCUCAGUGGCCGGCGGCGACCACAACCCGCGGCCCAGGGGGUGGCGGCGCCAGACGUGAGAGGCGGCAGAACCCGCCGCGAGCCCCACCCCCCAGAGCGGUG